CCAUUGGCCCAUUCUCAGUCUCACCGAGCCUUCCACAUUCAAACCCUCCCUCCCUCUCUCUCUCUCUCUCUCUGGGUCUCUACUGCUAGUAGUAAUUGCCAGCCCUCUGGCGUGCAAUUAAUAACGAGGUGCGAGGCUUUCAUUGAUGCCAAGCUAAAAAGGGGUUGCUUUUCACAAUCGUCAGGAUCCGAUUGGGAUCGAUUCUGCAGGCUUCUCAGCGUUGCUGCUUAGUGAAAUAAAUUGUAGUAACUCCUCAUCUGAUAGCCGACCCAGUCCACUUCCGGCAGCAAAGGAGGAAGAAGGAAGGGAAGAUGAGACCCAAGAUUUACAUCUUCGGCGACUCCAUCACCGAAGAGUCCUUCGGUGACGGUGGUUGGGGCGCUUCGCUCGCCCACCAUUUUUCUCGGACGGUGGACGUGGUGCUGAGAGGGUACAGUGGCUACAACACGAGGUGGGCUCUGAAGGUGUUGGACAAGGCUUUCCCGGCGGCAGGCGGUGGCGGCGACGACGACGCGCCGCUCGCAAUCACCGUCUUCUUUGGCGCGAACGACGCUUGCCUCCCAGAUCGGUGCUCCGCCUUCCAACACGUGCCCCUCCAUGAAUACAGGCAUAAUCUCCAUUCCAUCAUCUCCAUUUUCAAGAAGCGAUGGCCCGAGACUCAGAUUCUUCUCAUCUCUCCCCCUCCGAUUGAUGAAGAUGCUCGCCUCAAAUUUCCUUACGUUGAGAAUACGAUGGGCAUGCCUGAGAGGACUAAUGAAGCUGCCGGUGCGUAUGCUAAAGCUUGUGUUUCCGUCGCAGCAGAAUGUGGGAUUCCAGUUAUCGACCUCUGGACCAAAAUGCAACAGUACGCAGGUUGGAAAAAGGCCUGUCUAAGUGAUGGUCUACAUCUAGCACAGACUGGGAACAAGAUCGUGUUUGAGGAAGUGAUCACGAAGCUGAGGGAUGUGGGCUUGAGCUUGGAAAGCUUGCCAAUUGAUCUCCCCUUGAUUAGUGAUAUUGAUCCAAGCAAUCCCCUCAAAUCUUUUGAAAACUGAAAGACUUUUGUUAUAGCUUGGGUCAAUUUGCUCAUCUGUAUUAGGGUUUAGAUAAUACUAUACACUACCUUCAUGCUCCAUCAUGGUCUAGCCUUUUGUAGAAGACAGUUAUUUUGGUCAACUCUGAUGCCUAUUUUCCGAAUGUUUAGGACGUAAGUACUCGUGCAUCAAUAAAUGUGGAUUAUUGUGCUUCUGUA